CGCUGAUUGUCAGUUUAUAUUAUAUAACAAUAUUUAAAAACUUUGUAGGAAUUCACUAUAAUAUAAUAACUUAUUUAGAAAUAUUCUUUAUUUCAUGGAGAAAUACAAACGCAAAAGAGAAGAGGAAGAGAAAGGACUUUUGGAGGAAGCAUAUGAAGAAUUUCGUGAAACAUUCGAAGAUGGAAUUGUCAAGACCUCAAAAAUAUUCAUUCGUGGCGAUGUUGUUAAUCCUGAUAAAACAGAUUCAAAUAUUCAAAAAUCAACAGUUUAUAAACCAGCCCCUGUUAUUCAAAUAAAAAAUAAUUUGGAAGUUGCGAAAAAAUUGGCUCAAGAAACUGCGAAGAAAAUAAUGAGUAGUGUAGAUAGUAAUCCUCAAAAAGAAAAACAACCACAAAUUCUUCCUGAACAAGAUAUUACAUUAAAUCGACCAUCAAAGCCUGGGACAGCUAACAAAAUUGAAAAGUCAAGGCUAACAAACCUUGAGGCUUUCAAAGAAGAACUUAAACAAAUGCAGGCAAUGCGGGAUGAAAGAAAAGGUCUUCGUCAACAUUUAAAAGAAAAGUUGGGUGUUCCAGAAGAAGAAUUAAAUAGAAUUGCUCCAACACUUGAUGCUCCUUAUUUUGGUUCUGGUAUGCCUGUAAAUGUUGAUUAUGAACAUGAUCCAACAACAACAAAUCUUUAUUGUAAACUUGAAGAUAUAUUUGAAACAUUUGGCUCAUUUGGCCCACUUGCUUCAGCGAAAAUUCUGUUUCCCAAGCCCGAAGAAGAGCGUUAUAGGGCAACAUUGAGUGGAUUUGUUGCUUUUAUGAGCCGUUUGGAUGCCGAACGUUCGAUGUAUUCUAUGCAUGGUGAUGUUUAUCGAGGUUGCGAACUUCGCGUUUCAUGGGCUAGACCUGUUACGAUGCCACCACUACCUUUCUACGUUCCUCCACCUCUGCGAGAAUUGGCUAUGCCUGAUCCACCAUCCGGGCUUCCUUUUAACGCGAAACCUCAAACUGAAGAAUUGCGUGUUUUUCUCAAAAAAUAUCAUGAUUUACCGAAAUUGAACUCAACGCUCGAUACUAACGAUGUGGAAAUGUGCAGAGACUACAAAAAGGUUUUUUCAAAUUUGUUAAAUGUUGGCUUUUAUGCAAUCGUAUUUUAUUUGUUUUUAACAAAAAUAAUUGAACAUCUAAAUUUGAAAAAAAAUUACUUGUUCACGUUCUUCUAA